AUGGCCAUGUACAAAUUUGUUAUUGCCCUUGGUCUCUGCAUGAGUGCCAAUGCAAUAAAUUUGUUCGAGCCCGAAGAUUUUAAUAGUGACGACAUCUGGGUCGGGAAGGCCUGUGAGAAGGUAUUGACAACUGAAAUCGAUUGCGAUGAAUACAUUUUCGAAUUUACUGUCCCAAAUUUUCGAGGCGACUUACCUGAAGAUUUGGAGAUGGCCGACACGAUCUGCACCGGCACGUGCUCCGACUCGCUUCGAAACUGGUAUCGUAAGCUUAGCAAGGAAUGUGCUGAGGAAGAUUUCAUGUCCGACCAUUACCCAACGAACUAUUACCUAUACCUUGGUAAUAGCAUGUCUAGCGGCUGGAAUCAGACAUGUGCCAAGGAUGCGAAAACAGGUAGAUACUGUGGCGAAAUCAUGAACAAAUUCUCCGUAGUAGCAGAUGAUGAGGAACGGCCCCUCGAGGAGCUCUGCCACCCCUGUUACGUCAAGAUGAUUACCAUGAGGUCAACUUCAUUGGCAUGGCCGUCGCUGGAAACUCCGGCAGGUGACUGGUGGCGGAAGGAGCUCAAGCUCGUCCAAAAGAAGUGCAGCGGCUCAGGAGCAAAUGAAAAUGCCUCGUCUCUGGACGGAAAAGAGUCAGCAGAGGAAGAAAAGACCUCGAUUACUCCUCACAAGUUUGCCAGCGUGGAUGACUCAGCUGUGAGCACUAUGUCAGCAGCAAGUACUUCCUCAACAGAGACUGCGGUGUCAAAAAGUGUUGCUCCAGAAAACUCUAACGAAGGGGGUACGUUUCGUGUGGAUCAGGGCCAUGGCGAAAUACUAACCGGAGUGGCCUUCUCUGCAUACCCGAUGGUCUCUUGUCAGGGGUCUUACUGGAAUCUGUGCAAUCAGAGCUGUUGGUACGAGGCCCAUGACCACUGCGCCCCGUUGUAA